AUGGCAGACCAGAACUCAUAUCUGGCGUACAAACGCGACACCAGACAAUUGCUAUUCUGGAUGAUUCAUGCUUCGAACAGUAUCAUCAAGUCUUCGAUUCCCUCGCCGGCGGCUGGUAUUGAUGGUGCACCAACGACCGUGAAUACAACGGGCCAGAUUACCGUGGCGUCUAUGGUCCCGAUGGCUAGCUUGGUUGCAAAGUAUAUCAAACCUAUACCUUCAACCAUAUAUCGCCUUUUUGAAUCUGUGAUUGCAGCACGAAAGGCCAGUCAUGCUAUUUUUCAGCAAAUAGCUGCCCAGAAGCCAGACCCCGAGAUCGAGAAGAGCAAUAUGUCGCACAGGAUCUUCAUUGAUGCUUUAACGAAAGCAUUUGCGGCGCUGGGAGGCAACUCAUGGAGAUCUGAGAAAAUGGCUGAGACGACUCAUCUGCAGAGAACUCAGACGAUGUCAUAUUCGAGAAUGCAUUUUCCUCUCUCAGUCUUGGUCUUGAAGCAGUCGGGUGGCAAGAAGAAAAAGGGCAAGAAAGGAAAGAAAGUAAAAGGAAAGGCGAAAGCGCCCAUCCAAGAAGCCAGUCUCGAUGAUGUCCCCUUGGAGAGUUACCGCAUUAUCGAAGGCCAAGAAGGACUUGUUACCGACUACCUGAUGGCUGUUUACUCGGUCGCAUCGCAGUGGGUUGAGCUUCGAGGCUAUGUACAAGCGCUUUGGCGUCAAGUAGCCUAUGGCGGGCUCAACAGUGCUGUUGGGGGGAGUAUGUCUAACGUCGCUAUCGCAAUGAUCAAGAAGACAGAAGCUGCCAUCUUUGUCGAAUUCCCCGGCCAUGACUCUUUUCAGACGAUCAUGAAUACUAUCACACGUGGAGAUCCAGGUAAAGUUCAAGGAAUGUUCCAUGUUAGUCUUGCGCGAAGCAAGAAUGGUGGGGCAUAUGAAGAAGUAAAGGAGGUUGACGUCGACGUCAAUGAGCACUUUAUGAUACAUGCGUAUCAAGACCUGCUUGAUUUCAUUAAAGAUUUUCAGCAUACGCGGAGUGGGAAACCGACAAAGACCAUGCUAGCUGAGAUCCGGGACUGGGAUCCGACUUUCGACCUCGAACGAGCUACCAAACAACAACGUAUCAAGUGGCGGCGGUCCUUUACCAUCAAUUGGCUGUAUGAUCUUGUCAAUGUAUUCUCCGCAAUCGUGGUACAGCGAAACACAAUGAAAGGCCAGAAAUGGGUAAUGGAGAAUGUGGAUUGGUCCAUGAAGGGUCCGUGGAAUCAGCAUCGAAGACUCUUUGGGCUGAACGAGUUCGCGAGUAUCAUCACAACACUUGCUAUGCAGAAGCCUGGAACCGAUGUUCGACCGAAGAUUGCACCAAGCUGCGUGUUUCAGCUCCAGUGUAUUGUUGACUCUUUGGCCGUAUUUCGAGGCUGGUCAAUCUGUGGCCUACAGGGCCACAUUCUUAUCCCACCUGCAGCUGCCUUCAGACCAAGACGAGAUGUAGACCUUUUCCUCGAUCGUCAGAAUGAGAGACCACCCAAUGGAUACUGUAGUGCAGUGGAUCUUCUGAGACAGGUCAUGGAGAAAGAUGCGAUACUUCAUGGGCACUUCGACCGCCACGAGUCAACCUCUAGCCUUCUGAAGGAUUUUAGUGAGGACUUUGUGAAUUGGCUCGGAGAGACAAAGUACUUGUAUGGCUUAACCACUAUUCCGCACUCUCGUUUCUCUCACACAAAUGCCAAUGGACUUUGGGAGUAUUCGCCAUUUCUUUGCGGUGUUGGCCUGAUGGAAGCGCUCGAGUUGACCUACGAUACGGGCAUGAUGCUAUGGGACAGCAUACCCGAACCUGUAUGUGCUAUCCACUUACACAAUAUGUCAGUACAAAAGGGCCUUAUCACGAAACCAAUCGGAUUAUUUGCGACUAUAGAGGAUCUGUUUUCGACGGAUUUCUUCGCUGAAGGCAAAGCUCCCAAUUCCAAUUUUCAAGAGGCUUUACUCGCUGUCAUGAAGCCGAGCUCCCGACGAUCAGUCUACGACAGACGAGCUGCUCGAAGGACAAUUGCGCGAACGGCAACUGAUAUCCACGGACUUCUGGAUCCUAGCACAAAUCGUUUCUUCAAGCAGAAAUCAUUGCUUCGUAUAUAUCGCGAUGCAGGAUGUCAGACGAAGGAGGUGACUGAUCCAGCGACUGGAAAGAAAGCCUUGCAACGUACAUUCCUAGUCAAUCAGGCCUUAGCUCGAGGAAUCGACGAACAAGAUUUGAUGAGCUUUUCAUCGAUUCCCGAAGCAUUGUUGCCGCCUCUUCCGGAGCGCUACAGCAGAGCUCCUUCUUUGACUUUCGGUCGCACCGCCGGAGGGAACAAGGUGCUUGCCAGUGAACGAGAGCUACUGAAUCUCCUUCAAGUAGACAUUAUGAGCGACAUUGGCAGUGAGGUGCGACCUCUUUCUAGCCUGAACUAUAUUUUUGUCACCAUCCGGUUCAUGAUGGUCUUCAUGCAGAUCGAGGAGCGGCUGAAAGCAUUGCGCAAUCCAGUCUGGGUGCAGGCAUAUGAACAAGACCCCACUAUGAUGAAAGAGAAGAGAGCUUCUCUGACUGUCUUGGCUUUGGCCGGAGGAGAUGAGGAGUGCUUGCGGGUGAUGGCCGAAGUGUUCGAAAAGUCGAGAUCUGGUUCCAUAAACCAUAUUUAUUGGGAUGAUCUCGAAAACCCCGAGAAGACGAAGGCCAAGGAUCCUUUGGAGCAUCUACCUGACUUUGGCUGUACGCUAAUGUAG